AUGGCAUAUGCAUUUUCAAGAGAUGAAAUAAUAAAGAAAAGAAAAGCAUUAAGAAAGUACUUUAAAGAAUUAAGAGAUAAAGAAAAUAAAAUAAAUAAUGAGCAAGAUAGGGCAAAUGAUGAGGAUAUAGAAAAAAUAGUUCAAUUACUAUUAAGAAAAAAAGAGGAAAUAGGAGCAUUAAGGAUUCAGUUGGAUUUGUUUAAUGAAAAUGAUGAAAAAGAUGUAAGAGAAAAAUUAAAUGAAUAUAUAAUUAAAAGAAAAAAAGAUGGAAAAAUAGGAAGUGAAAAUAAAACAAAAAUUGAAAAAGAAUAUGAUGAUAAUUUUAGAAAUUAUGAAAUAGAAAAUAAGUCUUAA